AUGGAAGCCGAAACCCAACCGCUGCUACAAGCACCCUACGAAUGCCGCGAAGAUAGCGAUCUCGCCAGAACCCACGGCCGCGAUGACCUCCCAACCGCCAUCCCAGCCAAAUCCCUCAGCUGGACAAGCGCCUACAUCCUCGUCGUCUCGCGCGUCAUCGGAAGCGGCAUCUUCGCAACCCCAGGCUCGAUCGUGAAAUCAUCCGGCAGCAUCGGUCUCUCUCUGCUCCUCUGGAUCGGGGGAACAAUCCUCGCAGCAUGCGGGAUGGCCAUAUCCAUGGAAUACGGGUGCAUGCUGCCACGCUCAGGCGGCGACAAGGUGUACCUCGAAUACACGUACCCGAAGCCACGCUAUCUAGCAUCAACGCUGGUCGCCGUGCAAGCUGUCCUCCUCGGCUUCACGGCUAGCAACUGCAUCAUCUUCGCGAAAUACACGGUCUUCGCGUUUGGCGGGGAGCCGUCCGAGCUGACGCACAAGCUGUUUGCGGCGGGCUUGCUGACCCUGAUUACGAUCUUGCAUGGGUGUUUUCGGCAGACGGGGAUCUGGAUUCAGAAUGUGCUGGGGUGGUUGAAGAUUUUUCUGAUCGGGUCGAUUUCGCUCACGGGGAUUUGGGUUAUCCUUCUACGGCCUGGUGGGAUUGAGAUGGGAAGCGGUGGUGCUGCUGCUGCGGCUGCUGUGAAAAAGGGAGACUUUGUGGCGUGGGAUACGCUCUUCGAGGGCUCGAACUGGAGCUGGAAUCUCCUUUCGACGUCGCUGUUCAAGGUGAUGUAUUCGUAUGCCGGGCUGAAUAAUGUCAACAACGUCCUCAGCGAAGUGCGCGAUCCGAUUCGGACGAUCAAGACGGUUUGUCCGGCGGCUCUACUUACAUCUGGGCUGCUAUAUCUGCUCGCGAACGCGUCAUACUUCCUUGUUGUUCCGCUCGACGAGAUCAAGCAGAGCGGAGAGCUCGUUGCAGCGCUGCUCUUCGAUCGCCUAUUUGGGCCGCGAGUGGGCGGGACCCUAUUCCCACUUGCCAUUGCCAUCUCUGCAGCGGGAAAUGUGAUGGUGGUGACAUUUGCGCUGGCCCGCGUCAACCAGGAAAUCGCCCGCCAGGGCUUCCUCCCCUGGGGCGACCUGCUCUCAUCCUCAAGGCCCUUCGGUACACCUCUGUGGGGUCUAAUCGUGCACUACUUCCCUUCACUGCUGGUAAUCACGCUCCCACCGCAAGGCGACGUCUACAACUUUAUCCUCGACGUUGAGGGAUACCCGGGCACAAUCUUUGGGCUCGCAAUCACAGUCGGCCUCCUGAUACUGCGGUAUCGAGAGCCGUAUCUCCCUCGCCCAUUCAAGGCGUGGUUACCCGCCGUUUGGCUGCGGAUUGCGGUGUCGUUCGCGCUUCUCGUUGCGCCGUUUAUCCCGCCACCAGGACGGAAGGGCGAUGUCGAGUUCUUUUAUGCGACGUAUGCUGUUGUUGGGACGGGAGUGAUUGUGUUUGGAGUGCUUUAUUGGUAUGUUUGGACGGUUCUGCUGCCGAGAUGGGGUGGAUAUAGUCUUGAGGAAGAGGAGAAGGUGCUGGAUGAUGGGACGGCGGUUAAAAGACUGGUCAGGGUUUGA